AUGGAACCAUUCAUAGCCCCUGAACCCUACUUCGACGACGAGGUUGGAUACAUUUCGCCCGCAGCAGGCACAGAUGGCAUGGUAGCCUUGUCGCCGGAGGCCAAAGACGUGGAGGAUCUUUACGAGCGUUGCGCAAUGGUACUAGGCGAAGACUGUGGGGGUGAGAUUUUUGAUCUGAUAUUUAGGAACGACGCUGUCAUAAUAAAUGGCAAUUCAGGCAUCGAGCUUCUCUCCAAGAAUUGCUGUGGCAAGCUCCUGAGCAUGGGGCGACAUUGUCAUGACCAGCUGUUUAAUCUGAUUGCCCAAACGCCCGAGUUUUCUACCAAUUCAUCAGCCACUGCGCCUAGGAGUUCCCAAGUUUGGGAGUUAUGUUCCUUAAGCUAG